AUGCCUUCACCUGCUGAGAUAAGCUGGAUCACCGAGCAGGUCGAUUUGCAGCCCGGCGACAUACAGAGGGUGUCGAUGCGGCAGCCGCUGCCCAUCGAGAUCGUAGAGUCCGAUCCGGCGUGGCCCGCCACAUUCGAGCGCGUGGCAUCGCGCAUCCGGGACGCCCUCGGUCCCGUCGCCGUCUCCGUCUCGCACGUGGGGUCCACCUCGGUGCAGGGCCUGCCGGCCAAGGCCAUCAUCGACAUCGACCUGGUGGUUCCUGACCCGACAGACGAGGCGGCCUACGUGCCCGCGCUGGAGAAUGCCGGCUUCCAGUUCCUCUUCCGCGAGCCGAAGUGGUACGAGCACCGCUUUUUCGGGUUACCUGAGCCCUACACCAACCUCCACGUCUUCGGGCCCAGCUCGGCAGAGCCGGUGCGGCACACCAUGUUCCGGGACUGGUUGAAGACGCACCCGGAGGACCGCGAGAUAUACGCGACGGUGAAGCGGGAGUCAGCCGCGGCGAGCCGGAAGGCGGACGAGACUGUGCUGCAGUAUAAUGCGCGCAAGAAUCCUGUGAUAAAGGAAAUCUACGCGCGCAUCUUCAAGGCCUAUGGACUACUUCUGGACGACAGCCCGGCAGAGCAGCAGAAGUGA